CGCUAGACUCGAGACAAACCAAAUUCUCUUUAGAAACUCACAGCUCAACAAACUAGACAGACAUAGUAAAGAUUGCAAGUAGUAUGAUAUUCUUACGUUACAACAUCGCCAUCACUAUUAUUUUCCCCAAAAUUCCUUUUCGCAUUCCAUUCACUCUGUUUCAAAAAACUGCACAUUAUUGAAUGUAUAGCAGAAUUCUAACAAACAGAAGAGGGUAAAUCGCUCUGUGGCGUGCUAGUGAUGAAAUGGAUAAACAGCCGGGGGCUAUGGGGACGAGUGCCGGUUUAGCUUUGAGAUUAGGACAGGCUACUUUCUCUGUCAGUUCGCUUCUUUUCAUGUGUUUUGGUGUUUCUUUCUUCAGCUACAGCUACGCUCCCUUCUGCCUCUUAGUAACAACCAUGGGUUUGGUAACGCCAUGGAGCUUGGGAUUGGCAAUGAUUGAUACAUUUUUAGUGUUGGCUAAACGUCCAUCUAAUCAGCGGAGAGUAUUGUCAGCUGUUGUUUUAGGAGAUUGGGUCCUUUCGGUACUGUCACUUGCCGUGUCGUGUUCCACAGCUAGUGUGGCUGAUUUCCUGAUUGCUUCUGGUAAUGUAUACUGCAGAGAUAAUAUAUGCCUACGAUAUCAACUCUCUGCUGCCAUGGCUUUCUUGACUUGGAUUUUGUCAUCGGCGUCUUUGCUCUUCAAUCUUUGGCUUCUUCCUACCUUAUAUUAGUUAUAUGUAUCUCUGGUCCUGGACCCCUCCUGGUUGUCUCUUGAUUUAAUGAAUAGGGCGUAAAGAUUGUCACUAAUAUGUUCUGCUAUGAUCUCUGAAAGAGUUAUGCAUAGAAUGAUACUAAAAGUUAGUUCACUCCUUGCUUUAAAGUAUUUAGUCCAUUUAUAAACGACAUGCAUCAUUAAACUUGCAUGGCUUGGAUUCACAAUCUACUGCCUUGAACCACUUGGUAACGUCGUUUUCUACCCCCCACACAAGUUGAAGUCUCUAUCCACAACCAGAUCCAGUUUGAACUCCUCUAUUACUGUUUUUAUAUUAGAAGCUUUUAGAUUAGAUAUUCAAAUUGUUCUGCAUGAUACCACAGUUCUCUUGUCCUAAUUAGAUAAUUGUAGCUAUUGU